AUGACAACGAAGCACGUACAACAAAUCGACAAAAUUUGCUAUACUUUUCAAGGUCUGCUCCUAGCAUUGCUCAACAGGGACCAUAUCGCCACACCAAUUAUAUAUGUUCGUCUAUUGUUCCUCUGGAUCGGUGUCAUAUCACUUGAUAUACUGUGUGGAUUUCGCUUUGAGUUACUGUAUCCAUUUUGGCUCAUCCUUCGCAAGGGCUAUGAAGCUGUUCAUAAGAACCAUAAUGCUGUCGUUACGUUAGCUAACCAUAAUACUGCGAAGUUUUCCGUGCUAUUUGUUUGUGUGACGGCGACAUCAGACUUGAUCUGUUACCUUUUCAUACCUGUGAAAUUCUUGGUGUUUCUCGCCAGUACCUAUGUUUGGGUGCACGUGAUUUGGCAUUCACAUGGUGGAUUCUUACGAACAUUAUCUGCUAUGAUUUAUGGUAAGUUAUGUCCGUUGGUAUUUUGGGUAUUUAUUGUUGCAUUCGAGGCGGGAAUACGAUUAAACUGUUUACAAACCCAAGGGUUAGCACCUGUAAUACCGCGGAGUUUGAAUUUAUUUUUCGGUGCACAUUGUAUAGGAUAUCCACUAGUCAUAGUGUCAUUCAGCUUACGAUAUUAUUUCAAAGAAUGGAGAAUUCGUCGAAGACAAGACGAUGUUUGUCGUCAGAAUGAGCUUAUGGCACGAAUAUUGACGGAAGCAUUACCGGCCGUCUACGAGGGUCCUAAAGACUACACAGCAAAGAAUGCGUUACUCGAAGAUGGUUAUGUUUUUGUCCGUUUUAGUAUUUCCACACUAGAGGCUGAAAAGCUAAGGGCGGAAGUAAUGCAACUGAAAACGGCUGAAGCUGAUGCAAGAAUACAACUUUCUGUUAGCCAGAGUAAUGAGAAACACGCCAAGCAAGAAGCGGUACAACUACGAUCCAGGCUUGAACAAAUGGAGGCGAGGUACAUUACGAUGGAAAAGUUGAGAGAUAUCGACCGCAGUUCUUUGUCACAAUUAGAAAAGAAGUACGCGGAACUUAUGAACAGGAAGAACGAUGUGGAACGAGAGCUAAUGGAUGAGCGAAAGGCCCGCAAAGAGGAUGGUGGAAAACGGUACAUUUUGGAUUCUGUUGAACUACAACGUGAAAAGGAAAGACAACUCGAGCAAGAAGUGGAUAGACUUCGUGCUGAGGCUGUUUCCAGAGAAGAGAGAGUGAAUGAUGUUGAGAAAGAGCUGUGUGCACUUCGUAAAUAUAAGGAGAUGAAUGAUAUUGAGGCUUUGAACAUGGAUCUACGAAUUAUGCGCGAGAAGAUGGUACAUCUCGAAGAAUCCCUGGCUGCUGAAAACAAACUGAAGCAAGAGUUGUUUCGUGCUCUUGGUGACGCUAAAGCUAAUAAUGCACACCUUCAAAGUGAGCGCUUCAGUUAUUUUUUUUUUCCUCGUCUCCAUUUAGCAGUAUUUGUUUCUUGCACUUUUCUUUUCCUAAUAAUGAGUUCAUUGUGA